UUCAGAUAUGGGGUCUGAUAAGACACAAAUGAAUAACUUUAAAGGAUUCUUUGGUUAUUUAUUAUUGUCUUUUAUUUGAUGGUGGUUCGAACUGAAAUUUUUAAGGUUAGUGUUAAAAACCAACCAACGACACCAUCAUAGCUCACCCAUAGGCUCUAAGAAUACUUCCAACAAGUUUAAAAACCCCAUUCAAAAGCCUAAAUUGGUCUACUUCACACACCCCAUCCGCCACUGUCCCCAAAAUGAUGUCUCUCCUUCCUUCACUCUUUCUCCUACUAGUGACCAUGGCCGCUGCAAUCCCUCUCCGGCCUGGUUUCUACUCUGAAACAUGUCCACCAGCGGAAGUCAUAGUCAGAGAUGUGAUGAGGAAAGCCAUGAUUAGGGAGCCAAGAAGCGUUGCCUCGGUCAUGCGCUUUCAAUUCCAUGAUUGCUUUGUUGAUGGCUGUGAUGCUUCUUUGCUGCUAGAUGAUACACCAAACAUGACAGGGGAAAAGCUAGCUCUUUCCAAUAUAAAUUCGCUAAGAUCCUUCGAAGUAAUCGAUGAGGUCAAGGAAGCCUUGGAGAAGGCCUGUCCAGGAACAGUUUCUUGUGCAGAUAUCGUAAUCAUGGCCGCCAGGGAUGCUGUUGCUCUGACUGGAGGACCUGAUUGGAUAGUGAGGCUGGGAAGAAAAGAUAGCUUAACAGCAAGUCAAGAAGACUCAGACAACAUAAUGCCAAGCCCAAGAGCAAAUGCAAGUUUUCUCAUUGAUCUCUUCAGCCAAUUCAACCUAUCUGUCAAGGAUCUUGUAGCCCUUUCUGGAUCACACUCAAUCGGCGAAGGAAGGUGCUUCUCAAUAAUGUUCAGGCUCUACAACCAAUCUGGCUCAGGCAAGCCCGACCCUGCCAUUGAACCAAGGUUUAGAGAAAAGCUAGACAAGCUUUGUCCGCUUGGUGGAGAUGAAAAUGUAACAGGUGAUCUUGAUGCAACACCAAGAUUGUUUGAUAACCAAUACUUCAAGGACUUGGUUGCAGGGAGAGGAUUUCUGAAUUCGGAUCAAACGCUUUUCACAUUUCCUCAGACUAGAAAAUAUGUCAAGCUUUUUAGCGAAGACCAGAAUGCGUUUUUUAAUGCCUUUGUUGAGGGAAUGUUGAAAAUGGGUGACUUGCAGUCCGGGCGGCCUGGUGAGGUUAGAACCAAUUGUAGGGUGGCCAAUAGCCGGCCAGUGGAUGUAUGACUGGAAUCUUGAAGGAAGAAAUUUUAUUGUACUUAAAGCCAUUAAGAGUAGAAAAGUUUGAGAAUUGAGAGAUUGGCAGAGAAUAAGGCUAGCGAAUUCAUAUACUCAAAGCUUAUCACAACUAAGAUGCUUCUGGUUGGAAUCUUUGACAGAAUUUAUGAGAGCGAUUUAGUGAAUUAUGCAAAUAUCAAAGACGUUUUCCUUUCAGUUUUUUUUUUUUUUUGUUCUCUUUCGGAAAGAGGGGGGUGUAGGGGCAAAUCUUUCUGCCUUGACUGCCAGAACUGCAGUCAAGAAGAAUUGCCAUUUUGCGAAUAGCCAUAUAGAGUAAUGGGAACAAAACUUUAAUUGUACUUCAGCAAUUAUGCACAAGAUGCCAAUCCAGUUCCCCUUUUUGUAA